CCGGACUUUGUGUAUUCUCUAAUCGUCAGCUGUUGCAAUUGAAGUGGCGACUUUGUUUAUAAAUAAAAUGAAUUAUAAUGCCAAACGAGUGAUGCGCCAGAAUUCGGUUUGCAUCGGAUCAAACGACCUGGCAUCGUCGCCUAUAAUGAUAGGACCUGCCCCACCCUCGGCGCCCAGCACCCCACAACUGCAAACCACCGAGGACAUCAAGCCGCUUCAUGUGCAGCAGCGUCAAGUGAUCCUUCUGCAGAGUACGAGCAUUCCGCCGAUUCCAUCUCCACAGCAGGUGACUUUAGCGGGACAAAAUUCAUCCGGGGGCGCUUGUAGUAGCAACGUUGCCAACGUCCAGAUAGCAGACGAUGCACCUGUUUCACUUCUUACGGAGAUUGCGGACAUAAUGCGAAGUUUUGGAGACAGCGAUCAGCCGAGGACAGCAAGCGUCAAGCUAGUGGAGCAAAUAUUGCAGCAGCAACUGCGAGGCAUCUUCAAUGAGGCAUCCUUAGUGGCCAUGCGCCGCAAGCAGAAUCCCUGCCCUUCUCAGGCGGACUUUGAAUUCCUCAUGCGCAACCAUCCAGUAAAGAUAGCUCGCAUGCGAAAGCACCUCAAGGAUAUGCUCAUACUAAAGAGGUUCCUCAGCAUUCGCACUGGAAGGCCGCAGGACUUUAUGGACGACCUAGAGCAGAAGGAGGAGGACGAGGAGCUGGCCAUAGACGUGCAUGAGCUGCACGAUGAGGAUCGCAUGCGGCGACUCUUUCGUGCAGAUCGAAUAUCUCAGAUCCUUACGGGCCAGCAGUACCUCGAGUUCAACGAGGCUCGCAAAACUUCCUUUUACUGUCGCCAUGGAGAGAAGAUCAAGAACAAGUUCCGUCGCUUUUUAGACCUGCCCGCUGACUUGCGCAUCCCCACACCCACAAUGAAUAUUCUGGCCUAUUUGGCACACGAGACAAUAGCCGCCAUUGUUGACUAUUCGAUUCUGACGCGUUUGAAUUCGAGCAACCGAGUGACCGAGCCUUACAGUCGAGUGACCUCUGCCGGCGGCAGUCCGGCCAUGAUGCACGUCUGCCCCGAGGUUACACAGGGUCGAGGAAUGGAGGUGGUCAAGCCCAUCAGUGUCCCGGAGAUCCACGAGGCCAUGCGCCGAUUCCGGCAAAUGAGCAACCGGAAGAUUGGGCGAUACCGGAACUCUUGCGACAUCGAUUUCCGACGCAGUUUUCUAGCGAUUUAAGUUAAAAAUGUUUAUUAUUGCCCUGGCUGAAUAUUACUUUUGGCAAUUUUCGAUAAUAGUUUACUUAGUUAUACUUAGUUACACAAGGGGCUUCAAAUUUGUUCCCAUAUUACUUCGCUUAAAUAUUGAUUUUAUAAAUCCGAACUAUUUUUAAUUUCUCUGAAAUCUUCAUUGCAAUAUAU